CUCCAUUCCCAUGCCAUCUGCCCUCAGUGCAGCAGUGGCUCAGCAGACAGCUGCUGGGUCGCUCCCCAGCGCUACUGUUCAAGCGACAACGGAGGGUGCAGGAGGUGGGGGCACCGGAGGCAUUUAUUCUGCCAUUAUAAGCCGCAACCAGCCCAUUAUCAGAGUCAAAGAGAAGACUUAUGAGGAGCUUCACAAGAGGUGCCUGGAGCAAAACAUUCUCUAUGAAGAUCCUGAUUUCCCACCGAACGAGUCGUCCCUCUUCUACAGCCAGAAGAUCCCCAUCAAGUUCGAAUGGAAAAGACCAAGGGAGAUCUGUGAGAACCCACGGUUCAUAAUUGGUGGAGCCAACAGAACAGAUAUCUGCCAAGGAGAAUUAGGUGACUGCUGGUUCCUGGCUGCCAUUGCCUGCCUGACACUGAAUAAAAAGCUGCUCUGUAGAGUCAUACCUCAUGACCAGUCCUUUAUACAAAACUAUGCUGGCAUCUUUCACUUCCAGUUCUGGCGCUACGGUGACUGGGUGGACGUUGUCAUCGACGACUGCUUGCCCACAUACAACAACCAGCUGGUCUUCACCAAGUCCUCCCAGCGCAACGAGUUCUGGAGUGCCCUCCUGGAAAAGGCCUAUGCAAAACUGCAUGGGUCAUAUGAAGCUUUGAAAGGAGGCAACACCACAGAAGCCAUGGAGGACUUCACUGGAGGAGUCACAGAGUUCUAUGAGAUAAAGGAUGCCCCUAAAGAUAUCUAUAAAAUCAUGAAACAUGCCAUUGACAGAGGAUCCCUCAUGGCCAGCUCCAUUGAUGAUAACCUAGGCUUCUCCUACGGAUCAGCCCCUCGGAGUGACAUCGGGGAGCUGAUUGCUCGAAUGGUGAAGAACCUGGAAAAUGCCCAGAUGAGUCACCCCACUGUGGACUACCAGGGGACAGAUGAGAGACCAGCCUGGACCAUAGUGCCCAUGCAGUAUGAAACUCGGAUGUCCUGUGGGCUCGUCAAAGGCCAUGCCUACUCUGUCACGGCCGUGGAAGAGACAACAUUUAAAGGGGAAAAAAUACGUCUGGUAAGGCUGAGAAACCCCUGGGGACAGGUGGAAUGGAAUGGACCUUGGAGUGACAAGUCAGAAGAAUGGAACUUGAUCAAUGAAGCAGAGAAAAUCCGCCUGCAGCACAAGAUUGUGGAGGAUGGAGAGUUCUGGAUAUCAUUUCAAGACUUCAUGAGGCACUUCACAAAACUGGAGAUCUGCAACCUCACACCUGACACUCUGGAAGCUGAUAAGCUGCAGACCUGGACUGUGUCAGUCAACGAAGGGCGCUGGGUGAGAGGCUGCUCCGCUGGCGGCUGCCGCAACUAUCCAGAUACAUUUUGGACCAAUCCCCAGUAUCGCUUGAAGCUCCUGGAGGAAGAUGAUGAUCCCGAGGACGAAGAGGUUGUGUGCAGCUUCCUUGUCGCACUGAUGCAGAAGAACAGGAGGAAAGAGCGCAAGCUGGGAGCCAACCUCUACACCAUUGGCUUUGCCAUCUAUGAGGUGCCCGAAGAGAUGCAUGGUACUAAGCACCACUUGCAAAAGGAUUUUUUCCUCUACAAUGCCUCCAAAGCCAGAAGCAAGACCUACAUAAACAUGCGAGAGAUCUCCCAGCGCUUCCGCUUACCUCCCAGCGAGUACGUCGUCAUCCCAUCAACGUACGAACCUCACCAGGAGGGAGAAUUCAUCCUCAGGGUCUUCUCAGAGAAAAGAAGUCUUUCAGAGGAGGUUGAAAACAUGAUUGAGGCAGAGCGUCCAUCUCGUCCUUCAGCAAAAGCCCGCGAGAAGAGCGAAGAGGAAAACCAGUUCAGGAAUAUUUUCCGACAGAUUGCAGGAGAUGACAUGGAGAUCAAUGCUGAAGAACUCAGGAACGUUCUCAAUAACGUGGUUAAAAAACAUAAGGACCUAAAGACAGAAGGGUUUGAACUGGAAUCCUGCCGCAGUAUGAUUGCUUUAAUGGAUACAGAUGGCUCAGGGAAGAUCAACUUUGAUGAGUUCCGACAUCUCUGGGACAAGAUUAAAAGCUGGCAGAAAAUCUUCAAGCGGUACGACACGGAUCACUCCGGAACCAUUAACAGCUACGAGAUGCGCAACGCGGUCAACGACGCAGGCUUUCGGCUGAACAAUCAACUCUACGACAUCAUCACCAUGCGCUACGCCGACAAGAACAUGAACAUCGACUUCGACAGCUUCAUCUGCUGCUUCGUGCGCCUGGAUGCCAUGUUCAGGGCAUUCCACGCCUUUGACAAAGAUGGAGAUGGCAUCAUUAAGCUCAAUGUCUUGGAGUGGCUGCAGCUCACAAUGUACGCGUAACAACGGAGGGACCUUCAAGAAGAACGCUCUCAGGACUUCUGUUUUGAGUGACUAGCUCCAUUCAUCCCCAAGUGCAAACAAGAGCCAUCUCCCAAGUAUGUCCUUCACUCGCUGAGAUAAACAGCACACGGGAAGAAGCCCUUGGAAGACGAGACAACCAAGAAGGCAGACUAAGUGCACAUAGGCUGUAACUACUUUUGUAACUCCCUGACAUUUUCCUUUGGGCAAAGAGGGUUAAUUUAUUGAUGACUGAAUGAAGUUUUUCCUGACAGCAGAGGUAUGGAGUGUGCAUUGUUAUGCUGCUUAUGCUGAUAACUGGAAAAGUUUGCUCAGGCAACACCGGGACUGUGUCCGACCUCUGAGUCAAAGCUGUUUACUGCCACCUUCUAAUUAACCAUUGAACUCUGUCCUGCUUUGGAUGCUACCAUUGCACCCCCUUGACUACUUCAGGAGGUUGUGGUAGAUGACAUUAGCACCCAGCUCACUUAGGUUGUUACAGAUGUGGCAGAGGUUGGCCUCUGCUACACUGGGAAGGCCUCAGCAAAAGUAUCAGAACCAAGCAAUUUCAUCUUGAGUACCCCCAUCACAUCUUAGUUACACAUUGGACAGUUUAGAUGGGGUUUUAUUAUAACUGGCUUCUCUGCAACGUUGAGAAAGUUGUUCCCCAUUCAAGGCAGAUCAUCUCUUAGACAUACAAACACAUCUCUACACAGGCCCCUCAGGGUCCUGGUUCCUGACAGUAUCGUGUAUUCCUUUGGUGUAAGAGGUGAUAUGCCAGAAUCUGACACUUUUAGCAUGAGCACAUGGAGAAGAUUAUCAGAAUGUCUAAGUACAAUCAGUUUAAUUGAGCUGAAAAUUAAACUGGAU